GGUUUCACAGGAAAGUGUGGCAUUCACAACCCAGCGCUCAUGCAGUACAGACCGUCCACAGCCUCUGGCCAGAUCCCAAACACACUCAGAGAGAGAAAGAGAGAGAGGAGAGCAGAUGUGGUGAGUGUGACAGAGGAGGGAACAGUUAGGUGAACUCUAAAGGGGAAUCCUAAGAGCAGAAAGAAAGGCGAGUAAGGACACAGAACUUUCCACUGCUUGCAUCCUUUCACAUUCCACGCUAUUUUACCACAUUCUCAAGCUUUUAAACAUGGAAGUGAUUGAAGACCACCAUCUGCACCUGGAGGUGCCUGACCCACACAGAUCCCUUACUGAGAUCUCAGAAGAUGAAAUCAACCUCCCAGCCUCUGAUGAUGAAGAUGAGGCCAUCGCCGAGAACAAAGCAAAAGCUGCUGAUGAGAAAGAAGAAGCUGGUGUGGGAGACAAAGGUGAGAUGAAUGGAGUCAUGGUCCUGGCGCUGCUGGACAAAAUCAUUGGAGCCGUGGACCAGAUCCAGCAGACUCAGGCUGGGCUGGAAGUCCGUCAGCGGGAGAUGGAGAGAUCAGUGACAGGCAUCCAGGGGGAACUCACCAAACUGUCGAAGAGCCACACCACCACAGCCAACACGGUCAAUAAGAUGCUGGAGAAAGUGCGGAAAGUCAGUGUGAAUGUGAAGACGGUGCGAGGGAACCUGGAAAAACAGGCCGGGCAGAUCAAACGCCUGGAGAGCAACGAGAAUGAACUUCUGAAGAGAAGAAACUUCAAAGUCAUGAUCUACCAGGAUGAAGUGAAAAUACCUUCAAAAGUCAGUGUGGCCAAGUCCAUGAAGCUUCCAGAGCCUGUGGAAGGAGAAGCUGUAGGGGAACACAAAGCAGCAGCAGAGGAAGGAGGAGAAGACAAAGAGAAAGUCAAUCUGGACCUGUCCUCAGAUGAAGAGGAGGUGGAGAUCGAGGAGACCAUCGAGGAGUCUCGAGCAGAACGGAUCAAACGAAGCAGCCUGCAACGCGUCCAGAACAUCAAAACUGUUUUCUCCAAGGAAAAAAUGGAGAAAACCAAGCAAAAGACCAAGGAGAAUUUGGAGAAGACCAAACAGAAGACCAAAGAGAACUUGGAGAAAACUCGCAUGAAGACCAAAGAGAACUUGGAAAAGACCAGGCAGAAGACCAAGGAGAAUCUUGAGAAGACCAAACAGAAGACCAGGGAGAACCUGGAAAAAACACGUCACAACAUAGAGAAAAAGAUGGGCAAACUCGGCAAUCGGAUGUCUGUGAACCCCGAGCGCAAGGAGAAGAUCAAGUCCUCGCAGAAGAAGAUGGUGAAGUCUUUCACUCCUGACCACACCAUCUAUGCUCGCUCCAAAACGGCUGUCUACAAGGUUCCACCAUUCACCUUCCAUGUGAAAAAGAUGCGUGAAGGAGAAGUGGAGAUCCAGGGAACCGAGAUGGUGGAAGUUGGUGGGGAAGCAGAGGAGGUGGAAAAUGCAGUGAUGGAGGGAAUAGAAGAUGAGAAGAUGGAUAUGGAAGGUGGCGAGAUGGUGGAGGAAGACGACGAGACAGAAGAUAGCCCUGAGAUGAGAGCGCUACUGGAGAGGGGAGAAGAGCUGGUGUUAGUGGAAGACCAUGACAGAGAUAGUGAUUAGUGUUUGUGUGUGUGUGUUUGGGUGCUUACACAUUAGAGAAGCUUGUAACAGAAUGUUUGAUUGGUAGGACAGUAUGGAAGGCUCAGUUUGAUAUCAAAUGUCAAUACAGCAGAUUUGAUUUCCGAAAGCUCAACUCUCUGAGAUGCUAAUCUGUGAACUGAUGCCUAAAGUGGUUUUGGUUGCUUAUCAGAACAUCAGUUUCACCAAACCCUGAAUAUUUUCCUCUACAUCUUCGCAGAGCACCAUCUCCAUUAAAGUGUUUGCAGCAUUCUAUGACAUAGUAUAACCUCUAGUGUGUAGGUGCCCUGAGCAUGUGUGCUGUACUGCUAGUCCAGAUAUUGGAUUCUGCAGGAGAAUGUGAAUGUGUUUGUUUGCAUGUGUGUAUCUGCAUAUUUUCUAUCAGCAGAAUGUUUCAAAUUUAGGGUGACUCUAUUCACCUAAUGUAUGUGCGAGUGAGAGAUUUACUGUACUAGUUCAAGUAACUUAGUUCCUUGAGUGAAUCUUGUUUAUUAAGACUAGGCGUGCCAAUCAAUAAGAUGCAACAUGGUAUCUGGGAACAUUAUUGUGCUAGACGGACAGGAUGAACAUAAAAUUGCUACUCUAUGAAACAGUUAAUGGACAGAUGGCUUGAUCAAAUGAACAACAUACUUGUUUGCAGGUAGUUCUUUUGUUCUAAAAGAUUAAUUGGUCACACUUUAUAUUAGGUGGCCUUCACAACAUUGAAGAUUGUCUUGAUCUAUUGUGUAGCCACAUUCCCACAUUUACUGCUCAUGAGUUUGGAGUGUGGAUAGGUUAAGGAGUAAGGGUUGGGUUACAGUUAACAGUUUAACUGCAAAUGAAAUGAUAAAUGUAUUGCAUCAAAUUUUUUAUUAACUACUACAUAGUAGUUAAGGCAAUCUAAUAUAAAGUGAGACCAAUAAUUUUCCUUCUUGUUCUAGUCUCACAUGUAGAGUUACAGACUGUUCUUCACUUUUCAUAGAAGGUGGAGGAACAAACCAAAAAAAGAAAACCUGAAGUAUUGCUUCUAUGUGCUCAUUUUUAUAUAUCUUUAUAUAUCUUAGAGUUUAAUGAAUAAUGUUACAUUUCUGUUAAAGUCAAACUGUUACACUGAUUAUUUUUGGUCUUAUGUGAUAAAUUCCACAAAUAGUAAAUAGUAUAAGAAAGAAGAAUACAAAACCACAUUUAAACAUCAAAAAUGAUUGUGACUAUAUGUUUUUGUCCUUUUGCAUGAUUUUUACUAUCAAAACAGAUUAUAAAAAGAAGUAUAAAUGUCUAUAAAAUGAUCUUCAGAAUGGCACUGCAGGUUUGCUUAUAGGCACCAGUGCUCCUUACCCAUUUAAAACUACUGUUUAUGUAACAUUUGCACGUCCCCUGGUGGACAUGUGUGGUUGUAAUGGGCCAAUGAGCUAUGAACCCUUAGCCUCAUUUAUUGACCUAAAAGCACAAAAGUUACAAAGUUAAAGUGAAACAGGUAUGAACAGCAAAAAGCUACAGCUAUUAUCAUCAGCACCUCUGAUCUUAAGUGAAACACAUAUAAUGAAUCACUGCCAUUAUUUAGAGCACAAUCAUUUAUCUGAUGUGUUAAUUUCAUUCUCCAUGUGUAGAUAUAAUUUCAGCUAUUGCAUAAUUUUGCAACCCUUUUACUCUGCUUUAAUCAGUUUUUUUUCUUUGUUUUAUUUUUGCUUGUGUAGCUGAUGAUGCAUAUGAAUAUUCUCUUGUAAUGUCACAGUCUUAACCACUAAUGUGUUAAUAAAAGCAACCAUGCUUCACA